AUGGCUCCAUCCGAUGCAGUCCCAUUUUCCGCCAAGGAAUGUGUCUAUUGGCUAUCUCUAUGUGGCUUCGCUCUUGUGCUCUAUGUCGGGGUCGUUGCUCCGUACCGACUAUUCCUAAGCCCUCUGGCUAAAUUCCCCGGUCCUCGUCUAGCUGCUGCUACGAGCCUCUACGAAAUCUACUUUCAAAUCGUCAAGGACGGCAAAUUCACCUGGCAUAUAAAUGACUUGCACGAUAAAUAUGGUCCUGUGGUCAGGAUAAAGCCUAAUGAGGUGCAUAUCAAAGACCCCGAGUAUUACAACACUCUCUAUGCUGGGCCAGGCAAGCACCGCAACAAGGACUCCGGUUUUAGUUUUAUCACCUACCCCCAAUCUCUCUUCUCCACCAAUGGCUAUGAGCUUCAUCGUAUGCGACGAAGGGUUCUGGGGCAUUUCUUCAAAAAGAAAGCUGUUUUGGAGAUGGAACCGCUUAUCCAGGCGAAUGUCCAUGCCCUAUGCCGGCAUUUCUCAAACGGGCUCCAGAAUCAGAAACCCCUAGAGCUGCAUACCGCCUACGAAUGCUUCGCUAGUGACACCCUUUCGCAAUAUGCCUUCGGCCAGCAACAUGGCUUCCACUACCUUGAUCAGCCCACCUUGUCAAUAACCUGGAAGAGCAGAAUCACUUCAAUGUUCAGCCUUUGCCGGCUUGUGCGAUACUUCCCAGCCUUGAGCGCCAUUGCACGCCUUUCCAAACCCAUUGCCACUUUAGCUAGUCCCUCGUACAAGCACGUACAUGAAUUUGAGCAGGAUGUGAGGCAGCAAGUGCGAAACGUGAUCAAAGAGCACAAGAAAACCACCAGCAACAGGCCCGCCGCCUUACCCAUUGAGAGACUCGGGUCGAUUAAGCUCCCAACACCCAUAUAUUACGCAGUCCUCGCCGAUCCCACCAUACCGGAUAGCGAGAAAAAGUCCGCACGGCUGGAAGACGAUGCCUUGUUUCUUAUGAUGGCCGGUACCGAUGCUCCAGCUCAAACGCUCGCGAUUACCAUGUUCCAUAUUCUCAAUACUCCUUCGGUUUACCAGAAGAUCAAAGCAGAGCUUUUCUCUGCUAUUCCGGAUAUUACUACCGCGCCCUCUUUCGCCCUCUUGAAUAGUCUUCCAUAUCUGAGCGCUACCAUUCGAGAAGGGCUUCGACUGUCUUCAGUCGUAACUACCCGUCUUCCACGAAUAGCCCCGGAUGAGGUUCUACAAUAUCAACGGUGGCAGAUUCCAGCUGGGACUCCAGUGAGCAUGUCAACCUACUUCAUCCUCCGCGACCCAACGAUCUUCCCCGAGCCUACGAAGUUUAUACCAGAACGCUGGCUGCUAGAUACUGAGGACCUAAAGCGGCUACAGCGGUAUCUUCUGCCCGCGUCGAAGGGUACACUCGGUUGCCUCGGACAGAAUCUGAACUGGGCGUGGAUGAAUAUUGUGAUUGGUACGCUUUUGAGGAGGUUCGACCUUGUUCUCUAUGACACCACCGAGAGAAACGUGGAGAUGACAAAAGACAACUUCAUUGGACAGACGGAAGACGGGGCCCUGGAAGAUGAAUUUAAUUAUGAGUGA